CACGUCCGCAGCCUAGCAGCAGAAAAGACGGCGUAAACAAAGCAGACAGCUAGACAUCAGCUAACACAAAGUAGCUAAUAUUUCGUCAGUAAAAUAUUUAAUAUUUCUGCGCUUGGCUAUAAAUGAAGACAUUUUAUUGGCGAGCAGAGCUCUAAUAUAAAUGGUAAGCGACGCUACAAAUCUACGAUACUACACGCACCGUUAUUGCUAGCUACAUUAGCCUUAGCUAGCCUCGGUUAACGGGAUUUUAAUAUCUGGAAAAUAAUGCUCCAGGCUAAUAUUUAUCGAUACCACAUGUUAACGACUACCUGAUUCACCUGCCUAGGUUAGGUGAGGGAUUUUAAAGCUGCGAAACGUUUAGACUUUGAUGAGUUAGCUCGCCAUGUAGUUUAUUUAGGUUAAAAAUCGAUGAGCUGGCUGAACAGGGCUGGAUAGCGAAGCGUCGCUGCCCACCUGGACCACCACUUCACUGCAGUCAUCCGGACUGCGAUGUUCAGCCUGAUGGCGAAUUGCUGCAACUGGCUGAAACGCUGGCAGGAGCCUGCAAGGAAAGUGACUCUGGUGAUGGUGGGCCUGGAUAAUGCAGGGAAGACAGCCACAGUGCGAGGAAUCCAGGGAGACAAUCCACAGGACGUUGCUCCUACAGUGGGCUUUUCCAAGGUUGACCUGAAGCAGGGCAAGUUUGAAGUGACCAUCUUUGACCUGGGUGGUGGGAAGAGAAUCCGGGGCAUCUGGAAAAACUACUACUCGGAGUCGCAUGGCGUGGUGUUUGUGGUCGACUCUAGUGAUGUCCAGCGGAUCCAGGAGACACGGGAGACCAUGGCCGAGGUCCUCCAGCACCCACGCAUCGCUGGCAAGCCUGUGCUAGUACUUGCAAACAAACAAGACCAGGAGGGAGCGCUGGCUGAAGCAGACAUCAUUGAGAACCUGUCAUUAGAGAAGCUUGUUAAUGAGAACAAGUGUCUCUGUCAGAUCGAGCCAUGCUCUGCUGUUUUAGGCUAUGGGAAAAAGGUUGACAAAUCCAUAAAGAAGGGCCUGAACUGGCUCCUCAGCAACAUUGCCAAAGACUACGAAGCCAUCACCGAGCGAGUGCAAAAGGACACGGCCGAGCAGCGCGCUCUGGAGGAGCAGGACAAGAAGGAGAGGGCAGAAAGAGUACGACGGAUGCGAGAGGAGAGAGAGCGGGAGGAGGCAGAGCGAGAGGGAAGGCCGAUCCAAGAAGAGGAGCCCGAUGAUGAGAACAUUCAGAGCCCCUUCCAGCCAAUAGAAAAUGUGAUUUCUGAAAAUGAGGAUAAACAAAAGGAAAGGAAGAGGCAAAGAGAGCCACAGGAGGGCAGGAGUAACAGCCCCAAGGCAGGCGCUGAGGAAGAGGAGGAGGAGGAGCAGGAUGAUACGAGACAAACGCCAGAAAACAACACUUCAGCCACGACAGGUGAGCAGAGCAAAAAGAAGACGAGCAAGCUGCACCUGAAGAGGAAGCACAGGGUAGACCCGCUGAGGACAGAGGACAGACCGGUGGAGAGCCCCACCCCUCCUCCACCUCCAGUGGGAUGGGCCACGCCCAAAGUCUCUAGGCUGCCAAAGCUAGAGCCACUCGGGGACACAGGACAUUCUGAAUUUUACAAGAAGCCUCUCCCGCCACUUGCGAAUAGGCUGAGGCCUAACGGUGAUGCUCAUGACGUCAUUUCUUAAAUCUCCUUUAGCAAUUGAGGUUGACCAAUCACAACUCUCUUCUCCUGUGCUUUUUGUCUAAAGCGAGCGCCGUGUAGACAACCAAGCAAAAACUGACGAUUGCGAAACGCUGGAGCUGGGGAUCUCUGAAAGUGCGAUGGACACUAAACAGAGUGGUGACAGGAAGUCCUGCUCAGAAGCCGUAAUUUGACUCGACAAAUUCAUUGCAAAACCUGCCUGAGCUCUAUGUCAGGUUCUGUCUUCACUCAAAACAAAAAAGCACAUUUGGUGCUGAACUCUCUCCUACUGUAGACGUUAUAUCAUACUGUUAAUCAGUGUUAGAUAGUUUGGACUCCGUGUGUCCAACUGAGAUGCUUUUAAUUGACAGCAAAUGUAAUUAUAGCCUUUUAAAUGUAUCUGAAUAGUGUAUUUGUAUACACGCUGCCAUUAAAAUGACAAUAUCAUUUAUUUUUGCACCUUGAGGUUUUUAGCGUAAACAUCAUGUAGUUAUGUACCUGAGUAUUCAUAAGAAAGGCAAAGGUCUUAAGUGGCUUUAUUAUAGCUGAGUGCUUUAAAUUUGACCUUUUUAAAGUCGGAAACAUUUCUCUUUUUUACAUCACAGCUUGCAAGUGGAGAUCGGGGGAGGUUAAACAAGGGAAAAUACACUGUGGUGACAGUGGGAAAGUGUCACACUACAGCAUAAUUGUUGCUCAGUCGGUUUUUGUAAGGAUUGUGUUGACUUUUAAUGUAAGCAGUGUAAAACUCCAUGAAAAGGAAAACACUAAUUUUAAAAAUCUGUAAUUGGAUGCAUGUUUAUAAAAGAACUCUUUAUUUACUGUUUAGAAACAUGAACAUUUAAAGGUCUACAGGGCUACUAUUUUUUUUUAUGCAUUCUGCUGGUUACACUGUGUAUCUGUUUUUAAAGUGAUAUUUUUCUCGAGGCAAACUUGCCACCUUUCAGGUGGCCCCGAGGUGUGAGCCAGCACGGUCGGUGUUCCAGCUUUUCUGACUCCGCUGUCUGCUGCGUCCAUUUGCACUUUGAAGCAGCAAAAAUUGCAUCUCGACAAGCGUAAACACAAAUCUGAAACUUGGAAACACUCCACUGCCCUAGUUAAGUUUGUUUUGUAUGUUGGGAGAGUUUGCAGUGGGAAGAUAAGGGAGGAGAAAAUACUUGAACACCAGCACCUGGAACAGCCAGUAUUGGGUCAGAACACAUGAGAAUAUGUGCAGCAGAAGUAAUAAAAAGAAAUAUCACUUUAAAAAAAACCACAAGAUUGUUUUUCAGAUUUGUAUGACGCUCAUUCUCUUCUUAAUGUGCUAGAUAUUUAAAAAAAAAAAGAUAUUUUUUUCUAUCCAGUUUGAAUUUUAUAAUGGCAAAAUUAAAGAUGUUUUAAAUAUAA